AUGGCGAGGCAAGUAGGCCGCCUGACAUGUCUGGCAGCUUGUAUUGCAAGAGCCAUGGCGGCCCCUCAGUUCACUUUACCGCCGCUGACACCACUCAGCAUCGCCGGUGACCCUGCUUCCUCGACCUCGAUUUCGCUCGCCUCGCUCUCGACUGCUACCACAUCGGCCCCGCCGACAACAACGAGCGCCGUAGCAAUACCCACGUCGACAGGAGCGCUCUACGAACCUCCUGGGAAUCAGGUCAUCCUUGGCGCUUGGGUCGAUCAGGCGAUCAACUACAGCGAUACACCUGCUCAAGUCAACGCCAGACUAGAACGCAAUUUCGGCAUGUUUCAGCAGACGCAAGAGAUACCCUUGGUGCCUUAUAACUUUACGCUUGGCGCUGGCGGACAGGGCAGUGAAUUGCUUAUUGCCGCCACAAACACUUCUGCCGCACUCUUCCUGACUGUAUACCCUGUCAACAUCACCGCAGUGCAACCCGUCGAUCUAGAAGCAUUAGGAUACCAAUGUCAAUCGUAUAUUGAGCAGGGUCGGCCCACAUUCAUUCGAUUCGCGCCGGAGAUGCAAGGUCCUUGGAUGCCUUAUGGCGUACAGCCGACAGAAUAUAUUGUGAUGUGGCAGGCAAUGUACCGAGCCGUCAAGGCGGUCUCGCCUAACUGUGCUCUUGUCUGGGGACCCAAUAUCGGCAGCGGAUAUCCCUAUGGCGUCACACUCGGCGAGAUACCCAACGUUGCAGACCAGCGGGCGCUAGAUACAAACAACGACGGCGUGCUUGACAGCUCAGAUGACCCAUUCACACCGUACUACCCCGGCGAUGACUACACCGAUUGGCACGCUGUCUCGCUUUACUACAAAGGACCCAAUGGUGGCAUGAGCUACAACCAAGCUCAACCGGGCGGAUUUGUGGCUUCACUGCUGGCCGGCAGUGACCCAACAACAGGAGCCGACUCAGGCUACAACUUUUAUCAGACCUAUUGCGCCAACAAGCCGAACAAGGCUUGCAUGCUCGGCGAGAGUGGGGCUGCUUACCAUGUCACUUCGGACGGCGAUGCCUCUCAGCUACAGCUACAACAAGCUUGGUGGCAAGACUGCCUUACCAACGCCACUUUCUUCGAUGCUCACCCCCGACUGAAAGGCAUCAUGAUGUUCGAAUUUCUCAAGGAGGAGUAUGACACGGGAACUGCGGACUUGCGAGACUAUCGUAUCACGAACGCGACAAAUAUCCUUAGCGCUUUCCAAUCGGACCUGUCUUCGGUCGCUACUCGCUAUGCAUGGGCUUCAGCGACAACGAUUCUCAAUGCCUGCCCGUCGUCGGUCAAUCUUUUGGGCGUCGUCACGACCAUCUCGGGUACCGUCUUGACGGUAUACGAGACACCUUGCGCGUCACUACCGCCCGUCACUUCUACAGCGACCACCUCCAGUGCUGCUCAGCCGAGUCUGACGGCAUUGGACCCUGCAGCUGCAGCCAGGAUGACAUCCAGUACUACCUCGGGAUCUUUCGCCACCUUUAGCGCUCUGGGCUCUGCACCAUCAGUGCAGCACAGCAAUAGCGCUCUCUUCAUUACUGCUUCAGUCUUUCUUGCCAGCACGCUCGGCUUUAACGCUGGUUCUCUCAGCGACGUCGGCUCCAAAGAUCCCUCCCUUGAGCCUGUCGAGUCAGUCGUCGCCGAAUCCGCGCCUCCUGCGACCCGACGACCGACGAGAAGUCGACAGCGACCCGUCUCGUCCGCCGCAUCGGCCGCAUCUACUGCAGAGACCGUCAACCCACUCGUUGCAGCCCUCGAUGCGCACAAAGAGAGAGAUCCCUUGCUGACAGAGGAGCUCGCAGUCGGCUUUAUAGAGAUGACGCCGUCGGGCAAGCUCACGACCUCGCAUGAGGACAGGCUACCGCCGCCACCCGCGGUCAAGGGUAGCGUGCAAAGCUAUGUACAGUCAGCCGUAGCCCAUAAGCGUGCUAGCAUGGGAUCUGGCAAGUCACACAAUGAUGCGCUCACGCUAUCGAGAACGAAACCGACUACUGCGAUUAAAUUUAGUCCUCUCAAGGGUACUCGUCGAGCUCGUAGAGCUGAAGGCGAGCCAAAGUCGGACGAUUUGUCGAGUGCAGACACUCCCGAGCCCGAGAAUGGGAUCAUGAACAAUGACUUCUGCGACGCUUGCAAGGGAAAGGGACACUUUCUAUGCUGCGAGGCAUGCCCGCGAUCUUUUCACUUCAGCUGUCUGGACCCACCGCUCGAGCUGUCUGAUCUGCCAGAGAACAGCUGGUAUUGCUGCACCUGUCUCUUUUCUAGGCGGAAGACAGUUGUGGCCAUCCCCUCCGAAGCUGGGCCCUUCACGACGCUGAUGACCAAAGUUGCCAAAAGCAACGUCACCGAAUUCUCUUUACCGGCGAGCAUACGCACAUUCUGUAAAGAUGUCGCAAGCAGAGAGAACGGCGAUUUCAUGGACCUCGUCGAGCAUAAGCCAGCGAAGAAAACCGGCGUCGAGGAGCGUGACCCGUAUAAGCUCAAGUCAAAGUCAGGCGCAUCUGUUCUUUGCUUCCGAUGCAAAGGCGCAGCUUCUUCGCCCUCCAAGCCUAUUCUAUCCUGCGAUUUUUGCGACCAACACUGGCACCUUGACUGUCUCGAUCCUCCGAUGGCAUCUAUGCCUGCGCCAACCAAGCGAUGGAUGUGUCCCACGCAUCCUGCCCAUGUCCAAGCCAAGCGAAAGAGGGCGCGAAACACGCCGGUCGUCGCGAUCAGCAAACCCGGUCAGCGCAACAACGGCGACAUCGAUAUCGUACCCGGUCGAUUCUCGCGUUAUUUCGACCAAGAGGUUGACUACGAUCGCAUGAAUGUCAACGGCGUGCGGUAUCAAGUUCCGGAAGACGCCAUCAUCCUCGAUUUCUGGACCAAGGCCAAAGACGCGCGCAGUUUCCGGCGGGUACGCGGCAAUACCAAUCAGGGCGCCCUCAGUCAAUUGGCUGAGCUACAGUCGACAUUCCAGCGGCAGCGCGAGGAAGAUUCCGAGUCACUCUCAACGCUAUCCGAUCUGUCGGACUUUGUGCUCAACAACUUCCCAACCGCGCCACAUCUGGCGGCGCCCGUUUCGGAUGGAGGACCGCCUAGCGCGGAUAUGGACGCGGAGCCCGAUCAGGCUAGCAUCUCACCAAUCCUCGCGCAAGCCGUCCUACAGCGGGUCCAAAGCCCCGCCGAAGCCUUGCCGACGCCUGACAAUAGCUCUGAGAGUUCCGAUGAGACCGCUGGCGUCAAGGUCAACGGACAGCCGAAGAGCCCUUUUGACGGUCGCCGUGUAGUAGGUCGGACAAUCUAUGGCGCGACGACGCCCAAUAGCAUCACGAGCGGCAGUCCAACGCGACGAGCUCAGAGCAGCAAGCCCGACUCGGCGACUGUUAGCAAUGGCAAGCCACAUCCGAGCGAGACCAUUGAUAGGGCGCCUUCGGCCGAAUCAGCUCUACCAGCACCGGAAGAUGGCAUUUUGGGAAUAGACAAUGCGCAAGACGCGCGCCCGCAAAGCAACGCCAAGAAGCCAAGGCAUCCGCUCAAGAUCAGGUUAUCGCUGAAAAGCAAAGGCAGCGCAAGAGCAAGUCCAGAGUUCGAGGAGCACCCCGUCGUGCAGGACACGCCUGUCGCGUCGACCUCGAGCUCUACAGAUGCCGUGCCUGAAGGGAGACCACGACGCGUGACAAAGCGUACUCGGCUGAGCCCGCCGGCGGUCAUUCAGCCCCCUAGGAGGAAGCGGCCGUCAAAGCCACGCUUCAGCAAGCCAGCAGCAAGCUCUGCUCCAGCACCUGUGCCCAUGACCACUGAUAGCACGCCACCACCGAUGACUUCCUUACGAAUAGACGACGUUUUGCCUUCGUCUGGACCGCAUUUGACCGCCGAGCGAUCUCCUGCAGCGGCCAGACGCUCCAGGGCCGGCAAAGAGCCAAGCGCGGGUCUGUCUACUGGCUCGAAUAGACCUACAGCAUCACAAGCAUCGGGCUCACCGUCUGGAUUGCCUGCAAACGAGAGCGGUUCCCAGGGGCGCUCGCAGUCGCCCAUCGCUCUCACGGACGAAACUGGGGUCAUGGCUCCGCAUUCAGGCACCACGAUGCGCAGUGCUACGCUAGACGACGAGCCGCACAAUCUAGGUAUGGAUUCAAAGGCGGCUCUAGCGCAAGUGACCGGCCUGCUUCAAGAUGAAGAUUAUGCCAUGCAAGAGGAUGACACCCUCAAGUAUCUAGCGGCGCCGGCAUAUGUCGAUGGGGCUACGAAUUGA